UAAAUAGAUAGCGCAAAACGGAAUCCAAAAUUGCAAUCGCAAAUUCGCAACAAUAAUUCGUUAUUGCGACCGACGGGCUAGGCGAUUUACGAACACGGCACAAAAAAUAUCGUCGUCAAUAUUCUCGUAUAUAUUUUUUUACUACGAUUUUAAACAACGGACACCGAAGCCGUCGUCGUCGUCCGUUGCCACUUGCUGUACGCCCGGAGCUCCGAUCCGUUAACGUACACCGUCGUUCGCGCACCGCGUACACGUCCGACCGGCGUAGACGUUCACACCCGUCGACGUGUAUUCGCACAGUCUUCCGGGAAACGAGAAAUUGCCACAUCCCUUCGUCAUUAUCAGCGUGACGAAACGGAGAUAAUACGAUUAAGGUAGCGGCGCGCGGUGCGUGUGAAUUUCGAGUACAGGGCAUGUUGUGAAUGCUGUGAUAUUGCUAAUUCGAGUGGUUGGUUGGUGGACGGAUACGGUGUUUUGCUUACGUGAUUAGAUUUUUUUUCUAUUCUCUCCUUCCUGGCGACCAGUAAACCUUGGACUACAUACACCGUAUUGACGAACCGUGUCAAGUUCGUAUGUCCUGGACGUUUUUCAGGUUUCCGACUCGAAUCUCGGCUUCACAAUGGAACACAGAUACAACUAUUUCCAGCAAAACCCCAAUUCCCUUGUUAAUGGACAGUCGGCGUUCAACCGACCGUCUGCUGAUGGGAUUCAGUCGACCAAUAAUUACUCUGGAAGCAUGCAAUCCACUUCUCCUUCAGAUCAAUCACCAUUUCACGAGAAAAUGCAUUCAAAUCCUAAUACAGUUCCAUUAAUGAAUAAUCAUUUAUACCAAAUGGAUUCUGCUAAUCAACCACCACGCUCAUCUGGGCCACCUAGGACUAAUGCUAAAGGAAUUUAUGAAAAUGUUCAGUCUUCAAUUCCUAAUGUCUUAAGCCUCACUCAAUCUAAUAACGCUGAAAACUAUACAAUAAAUCCAGACUUUCAGCUACAACCUCAUCUUACUGCUCUGUUACCACAGCAAUCUAAAAGAGUUCCAGAACUAUAUUCAGUUGGUAAAUAUAAUACUAGUAAAGGAUCGAUAGCAGAAAAUAUGAAUACAAAUUAUUUUUCUUCAAAUAAACCUUAUCCCGAACCCAAAAUUAUUGAGUAUGAUUUGGAAGAAACAUCUACCGAAAGUUCACCACAACAUACUUCUUCAUUAUACUCUGAAAGUACUGAUCAGGAUUCAGAAAGUACACAUCUGAGUAAUGUAUUUCCUAGGCAUAUGUCGAAUAAAAGUACUGAGUGUCAUGUAACAAAGGAAUCAAAAACAAUUUCAACCACAAAUCAAGAGUUUCCUGUGCCUAGCCAAUUUGCCGAUUUCAAUCUCAAAAAGAGUGAUAGUAUUGAUGAUCACCAACAUUCUAUUUUACAUAGUGCUUAUAAUCAAGAAGAUGACAUCAUUGAAGACAUUCCUUUAUUUGACAAUAUUAUUCCAAAUGAAACAGAACCAGCCUUAGAAAAUCAAGAAAAUCUAGAAUCUCGCUUUAAUGAACAAAGUUCAAACAUGCCGAGAGCUCAAACAUUUGAUUCUUAUGCUACUAAAAAAGAUUUUGAACAGACAAACUUUAACUAUGAAAAUAAACAAGGUUCAUCUUCUUCUGCUUAUAGUAGCAUGAAUAACUAUUUGUCUUAUAAUGUUGAUAAAUCUUCAAAUGCUCAAAAUUCUUCUCAGUUUAAUAAAGGGUUAUAUUUUAAUCAAGCAAAUGCUUUGACUCAACCUAGUUUAUCAAAUAGUUCAAUUUUACAACACUCACAAAGAAAACCAAUAUUCCCGUAUGGAAAUACCGAACUGUUUAAUCAUCAUGAAAUAUCAUCAAGUAAUCAAAGUUAUAAAGAUGAUUUUAAUUCAGAUAAUUUUAACCAACAAAACAAGCACAUUCAACCCAAUAUUCAAAAAUCAAAUGUACCCCCGGUUGAUUCUUCAUUACAAUACAAUAUUAAUAGUAAUACACAAGAUGAAAUAGUUCUUGAAAAUGAUAGUAUAAAAACUUCAAAUGCUGAUGCAUUAAAAUAUCAAACUAUGAAUUCUUGUGCUACUAAUUUGUAUAAUCAACAAAAUGAUCAGGGUAUGGAAUCUAUUAGCCAGCAAUCAAUGUAUAAUUCUUCAAAACCACCUGUAUCUGAAUUGUUGAAUAAUAGUCAACAGGCAGCUAGCAAAGAGUUUAUACCUCACAAUUCAUCAUUAAUAUCUACUCAGUCUUUAGGUCCUGUGACUUCAGCUACAAUUGUAGCUCCGUUAAGUUCAUUUUCUGUGUCAGAAGCAGAAUUUCAAAAUAAACAGAAUACACAGUAUCAAAAAUCUGAUGAUCAGGCUAGUAAUUUAUUAAAUUUUUCUAAUAAUGCUAAAAAUAGUCCAAUUGAUUUAUUAAAUCAGGACUCAACAAAUGUACAAUCUGAGAUUGAUACUAAACUUUCAAAAUCUCCAAUCAGUAACAUACUUGAAAAUCAACAAGAAACAACAGUUGAUCAAACUGAACCCAUAAAUAAGCAGUUCAAUAAAAAUCAACACGAUGAAAUAAAAUCAAUGUCUCCACCAUCCAUUAAAAAUGUUACUCAAUCUAAUGAUUUCUUUAAUCCAAAAAGUAUGACUUCUCAACUAGAGUCAAAAAAUCAUUUUACACCUCAACAACCUAUAGUUGAUAAUAUAAAAACUUCAUAUGAUCAAUUUUCUAAUAAACCCAUAAAUGUUGAAUCCCAACCAAUUAAUAACCAAAACGUGACUGUACAACAAUCUGUACCAACUACAGGUCAUAAUGUUAGUCAUUAUUUCGAUUCGUCAAAUGUAAAUAAUAAAUUUGUAUUUAAUCAACAGUCAUGUAAUUUACAACCUAGUGGUCAAUUACAAAAUAUGCAAAUACAGGAUAAACCCACAGUUUCAAUUAACCCUACUCCAGACAAAUCAAACAAUUGUACAGAAUUUUCUUAUGUGCAAGAUACCUCAAUAAAAUCAUCUUCAAAUCAGCAACCAUUGUUGACGAAAAAUGAAUUAGAAAUAGUUGAAAACGUAAAAUUAGAUUCUGAUGUGUCAUCAAAGGACACUUUACACUCUUCAGAAUCUCUUUUGACUCAAGCAAAUAAUUUGAAUUUUAAGUCAUCAGAAAAUGCUGAGAUUGUGACACCUAAUGAUCAAUUUUCCAACAUGGCCAUUGAUAAGCAACAAAAAAUAUCUGAUAAUAAAAUACAUAUUCAGGAACAAUCAACGCCUACCUCUUAUUUUUCAAAAGACAUAUCCCUUGAUAAAGAAGAAAAUUCUAUUCAAUUUAAAAACUUUUCUACUACAUUUCAAGACAAUAAUAGUUCAGUGCCUAAAUUAGAAGUCAUUAACAAUUCUCAAUUGUUACAAAAUAAACAAAAAAAUUUAGUGUCUUUAAAUUCAGAUUUACCAACAAACCACGAGGUUUCUCCACUAUCACUAAGUAAUCAAAUUAUACCAGAUAAUAAGGCAAGUCAACAAGAAGCUAACCAAUUUCCUCAACAAUAUUUUAGUAAUAAAGUAACAUCAAAUGAAAUUUUAUCAUCAUCUAAUCAGUUACCUCCACAAAUAUAUAACAACCAACCAAAGUUAAAUACCAUACAGCCUCUUCAGUCAGGGUUAAAUCCAUAUACAGCACAACCAUUAAAUAAUCAACCAACAUUAAAUACUGUUUCUUCGGCAUCUAAUCAGCUACCAUCAAAAAUGUUUGAUAACCAACCAAAACCAGAUACUUUACAGCCUCUUCAGUCUGCAUCAAAUCCGUAUACAACACAACAAUUUGAUAAUCAACAAACCCCAACAGCUAUUCCAUCAGCGUCAAAUCAAUUACCACCACAAAUGUUCAGUAAUCAACCAAAACCAGAUAUUAAACAGCCUCUUCAGUCAGAGUUAAAUCCGUAUACAGCACAACCAUUUAAUAAUCAACCAACAUUAAAUACUGUUUCUUCGGCAUCUAAUCAGUUACCACCAAAAAUGUUUGAUAAUCAACCAAAACCAGAUACUUUACAGCCUCUUCAGUCUGCAUCAAAUCCGUAUACAACACAACAAUUUGAUAAUCAACAAACCCCAACAGCUAUUCCAUCAGCGUCAAAUCAAUUACCACCACAAAUGUUCAAUAAUCAACCAAAACCAGAUAUUAAACAGCCUCUUCAGUCAGAGUUAAAUCCAUAUACAGCACAACCAUUUAAUAAUCAACCAACAUUAAAUACUGUUUCUUCGGCAUCUAAUCAGUUACCACCAAAAAUGUUUGAUAAUCAACCAAAACCAGAUACUUUACAGCCUCUUCAGUCUGCAUCAAAUCCGUAUACAACACAACAAUUUGAUAAUCAACAAACCCCAACAACAAUUCCAUCAGUGUCAAAUCAAUUUCCACCACAAAUGCUUAAUAACCAACAAACAUCUAAUAGUGUACCACCCCCUCAAUUCGCAUCAAGUUCAUAUCCAACAUCAACUGCUUCAACAGCCACUAAUCAAUUUCCACCAACAUUGUUUAGUAAUCAAUCAACAUCAAAUAACAUACAGCCUCUUCAGUCUGCAUCAAAUUUAUAUCCAACACAAGUGUUUAGUAACCAGUCAAAAUCAGUCACUGUUCCAUCAUCAGACAUUAACCAAUUUCCUCCGCAAAUUAUUGAUAAUCAAUCAAAAUCAAUGGUUAUGCCACAAACCGCAGCAAAGACGUUUGUAAACCAAUCCACACCGAGUACAGCAUGGCCUUCUUCAUCAACUACCAAUCAAUUUCAACCACAAAUAUUUAAUGGUCAAAUUAAAUCAGACGUCUCUUCUAUUCAAACAUUGCCUAGUCAGUAUGCAUCACAACCAUUCAAUAACAAGACAAUAUCUAAUAUGAUUCCACCUGUUCCUUCAGCAACAAGUCAGUUACCUUCAAAAAUAUUAAGUAAUCAACCUAAAUCAAAUGUUGGUCUUAUUCAAUCAACAACUGGUCAGUAUCCAUUCCAACCAUUUAAUAACCAACAUGCACCAACUACUGUUUCAUCAGCUGUUAACCCGUUACCAACACAGCUGUUCAGUAAUCAACCUAAAUCAAAUGUUGUCACUCCUCUUCAAACAACAUCAAACCAGUAUAAUUUACAAGCAUAUAAUAACCAACAAGCAUCAAAUUUUAUUCCAUCAGUUUCAUCUACUGCAAAUCAGUUUCCUUCUCAAAUACUUACCAAUCAGCCAAAAUUAGAUGGUGGUUUGUCAAAUAAACUAAUAGCUAGUCAAUAUCAGUCUCAACCACUAAUUAAUCAAUCUUCAAUGGGUGCUCCACCAAUUCAACAAGCAACUAAUCAGUAUCCAUCACAGCCGUUUAGUCAUCAAUCCAAACCAAGCAAUUUCCCAACUUCUCAAACAGUCAAAAAUCAAUAUCCUUCACAACCAUUUACUAAACAACCGGGUCAACAAGUAUUACCAAAACAAAAUCUUCAACAAGUCCAAAAUCAGUGGCCACCAGCUAAUUUUUCAAGCCAAACUACUAACUUAAUAUCUUCACAGCCAAUAACUAUGAACUCAUCUUCUAAUUUAUCUACUGUGCCUCCCAAUGUUAAUCAACAAAGUCAAAUGCUUGGUACUCAUAUGUUGCCACCAAAUCCAUUGUCUUCUAAUAAUUUCUACAAUCAAGUUGAAGGAAUUGGAAAUGUCCAGCAACCUCAGUCUUCAAAUCAUAAUGUACAGUUAGCAUCCAAAGGAUAUCCACCACAAAAUAACAUGGGUUUUUCUAGUCAAACUAAUUAUCAGCAACCAAAUGCUCUUCAUAGACAACAAGGAUUUCAUAAUCAACAACAAGACCAAUAUAGACCAGAACAGAAUCCUUCAGUUGUACAACAAGGAUUUUCUAAGACAUGGGGAUAUGACAAUUUGGACUUAUUAAAAUCAAGGGAUGUACUGCCAGGUGACGGAGUUCAUCCACCAGAGAUAAAACUUCCUCAAGGAUAUGCUAAUUGUGAUAACUGUUCUCCAGAUAUUUUCCGAUGUACAUUAAAUAAGUUUCCAGCUUCGAAAAAUUUGUUAGACAAAAGUCGAUUGCCAUUAGGGAUUUUAAUACAUCCUUAUAAAGAUCUUUCACGUUUAACUGUGAUACAAUGUGAAACUAUUACAAGAUGUCGAAAUUGUCGUUCUUAUAUAAAUCCAUUUGUUCAAUUUAUUGAUAAUGCCCAUUGGAAAUGUAACUUGUGUUACAGAGUAAAUGAAUUACCUGGGGAGUUUCAAAUUGAUCCGUAUACUAAAACACUUGGUGAUCCUUCCAGAAGGCCGGAAAUACAAAAUGCCACUAUUGAAUACAUAGCUUCACAAGAUUACAUGGUUAGACCUCCACAACCAGCUUUGUAUCUAUUCCUUUUAGAUGUAUCACGAACUGCGACUUUGACUGGAUAUUUAGAAAUAGUUUGUGAUCGAAUUUUGAAUAAAAUUAUGGCAGAUGAUAUACCUGGUGAUUCCCGAACAAAUAUAGGUUUCAUCACAUAUGAUUCGUCUGUUCAUUUUUAUCAAAUAGCAAAUAGUGAUGGAGGACAGCCAAAACAGCUUAUCGUUAGCGAUAUAUCUGAUAUAUUUUUACCGUUGCCUGAUGGUCUCAUGGUGAAUCUGGAAGAAAAUAAGAUUGCUAUAAAAGAUUUGUUGACUAGUUUACCAAAUAAUUAUAGAGAGUCUUACAACACCGGUUGUGCCUUAGGAGCUGCACUUCAAGCAGCUUUUAAAAUAUUAGCUCCCCGCGGAGGUCGUGUUACAGUGUUCCAAGCUAGUUUACCAAAUUGUGGGCCUGGUAGUUUAGAACCAAGAGACGAUGGAAACCCCCACACUGGUGAUCGUGUUCAGCAUAUGGCUCCAUCUACUGAUUUCUAUAAAAAACUAGCGCUUGAAUGUAGUGGUGAACAGAUUGCUGUUGAUAUGUUUUUUGUAUCUUCACAAUAUUUAGAUAUUGCCACUAUUUCUGGAAUAUCAAAAUAUUCAUCUGGAUGCAUACAUAAUUUCCCUCAAUUUAAUGUUAAAUCUCCAACUAUAGUUACACGCUUUAUAAAUUGUUUUGAUCGAUACCUAUCACGUAAAAUUGGUUUUGAAGCUCUUUUGAGAUUACGUUGUACACGAGGUGUGGCAAUACACUCUUUCCAUGGAAAUUUCUUUGUUCGCUCUUCUGAUUUGCUUAUGUUGCCCAAUGUUAAUCCCGACAAUGCGUAUGGUAUGCAGUUAUCUAUUGAAGACAGUUUGGAUGGUGUUUCUGUUGUUUGUUUCCAGGCAGCAUUACUUUACACUUCUAGCAAUGCGGAACGUCGUAUUAGAGUUCAUACACUGUGCAUACCAGUUACGGAAAAUUUAGAUGAUGUUUUUCAUAAUGCUGAUCAACAAGCAAUAACAUGUUUGAUAGCUAAAAUGGCUGUUGACCGAAGUACAGAAAAAUCAUUAUCUGAUGCACGUGAAGCCUUUUUCAAUGCUAUCUCAGAUUCUCUCUCUGCAUACAAACUUGGUUGCUCGUCCUACAGUGGCCCUGGAAUAAUGCUGUCGCCAUUAUCAUUAAAAGUAUUCCCAUUGUAUAUUCUAGCCACAUUAAAACAUUCGGCAUUUAGAACUAAUCAAUCUACUCGACUUGAUGAAAGAAUGUUUAGUAUGUGUCAAAUGAAAAGUUUACCAUUAAAUAAUCUUAUUCAAUACAUAUAUCCAGAUUUAUAUCCUGUCUAUGCUUUAGAAGAACAGCCAAAAAUAGAUUAUGAAAAGCUGACAGAAAUUCCUCUUCCGCCAGUUAUACAAUUGUCUGCAGAACGUAUUGAAUCCAAUGGUGUCUAUUUAAUGGACGACAGUGAAACAUUAACAAUAUUUAUCGGCCAUAGGUGUUCAGAUCAACUUAUACAGCAGUUAUUUGGCUAUGUGAAUGUUAAUUCAAUGCCAGAACUUAUCACUACACUCGCAGAAGUGGACUCCAAACCAUCAUAUUUGUUACGUAGUUUUAUUUCAUAUCUUCAACACUUUAAGCCAUAUCCAUUACCAAUAGAAAUAAUAAAAGACAAUGGACCACAUAAAUUACGUUUUUACAGUCGGCUUGUCGAGGAUAAAUUUGAAUCUUCGUUAUCUUAUUAUGAAUUUUUACAACGGCUCAGUCAACAAGUUCGAUAAUGAAGUAUUUUUAAAAAUAAUUGAAAUAAAAUAUCAAUGCUUAAUAUACACCUACUAAAUGUUUUUUUAUUCUCUAAUCAAUAUUUAUUUGAAGAGAAUGAUAUAAGUUAAGUUUGUAUUUUGUAUAAUUCAUUAAUUAUUUGUUACUUUCCUUUAUUGAGUUUUAAAAAUAGCUAUGAAAUUAUUCGAUUUAUAAUUAGUUGUUUUCUUGUAUGUAUAUAAAUUAAAGAAAGAAAUUUAAAUAUAUUGUACAAUGAAUUUUAAUGUUAAGUAGUAUCUACACAGUUAAAAUAUUAUUUUAAGUGGUUAAUGGCCAGUUAUAUGUCUGGUAUUAUUUAUUUGUAAAAUUGUUUUAUUAAAAAUAUGUUUAUUCUAUUACUAUA